ACAGCUGUGCUCUCUUCCUGCUUUUCACGGAUUGGGAUUUCAUCCAAACUUGCAGUAUUUUAUCUUUUGUUUUUUUGAUCGGAAUUAAUGUUUUGAGACGUAUGACGAGGAGACCAGCAUAUUUCAGAGGAUCACUGCAAAACUACGGCACAGGCUGAGAGCACCAGAGACAGAGAGCGAUCUCUUUGUCAGUUCGACAGUCCAGAGAGUAAAGAUGCAGAUGGUGGUGAGAAUAAGGCGUUCCCCCAUCGCUGCAUAUAUCACUGCAGUCACUCUGUUUGGAUUUCUUGUGUCACUCAAUGAAGAUGUUGCCAUGGCGAUGGAGGUGACCUCCUCGGGGCCCCAGACUCUGCAGAAGGCCCAGGGGGACACGGUGACGCUGGGGUGCACAUACUCACCGGGGCCCCUGGACAUGGGGGACCUGGACAUCGAGUGGUCCGUCAUCAGCCCUGACACCACCCAGAAAGACCAGCUAGUUAUCUCCUACACAGGUGGGAGGAAGUAUCUCCAUGGCAACCCUGCGUUAACGGCAGGGCUGGACUUUGCCGCAGGAAACCCGGCGAACGGAGACGCGUCCCUCUCCAUCAGCUCUGUCUCCGCUGGCAACAGCGGCGUCUACCAGUGCAAGGUGAAGAAAGCCCCGGGGGUCGACACACGCAAGAUCUCCCUGGUGGUCAUGGAGCGUCCAUCAGCGCCCAGGUGUUGGGUGGAGGGGGGUGAGGCUGUGGGGAGUCCGCAGUCGCUCCACUGCAGCUCUGCUCAAGGGACGCCUCCAUUGGCCUACCAGUGGAAGAGGGAGAUCGGAGGGCCAACCCCCUCUGCAGUCACUCAGGACUCUCUGACAGGGCAGCUGAAGAUCAGUAAUCACUCUGAAAGCUUUGCUGGGAUCUACACCUGUGAGGUGAGCAACGUUGUGGGAAAAGAACGCUGCAAGAUCAACCUGCGGGCCCUCAAACCCCCCAGUACAGCAGGCGUGGUGGUGGGGACGGUGGUGGGCGUCCUGCUGCUGGUCAUCAUCGUCCUGAUCGCCGUCUGGCUGAUGGUCUACAGGCGCCGGCCGCGCUACGACAAGGAAGUGUCCAAUGAGAUCAGAGAGGAUGUCCCGCCCCCUGAGAGCCGUCCAACCAGCCGCGUCUCCAGCCACCACAGGGGAGUGGCCUACAGUCCAGUGGGCGGAGCCACGCAGCUCCCUUCCUCCUCGAGCACUUCCUGCUCCGACACCAAGUACGAGUACGACAGCCGCUUUGGCUACGCCGUCUGAGCGGACUUCCUUCUCCACCGCUUCUCUGACCGUCUGAUAGGUCAACCACCAGACAC